ACAGCUGGCGGGAAAUGUUACUGCAGAGUAAACAGUGUUGGUGAAGUUGAUCGAUAAAAGUUAAACGUGAGCUUUUACAACUUAGCAAUUUUAAAUUUGAUUAAAUGUUAACCUUUUAGAAGAAGGUACUUUUGGGCGGACAAGACAAUGGUUCAAAUAGUAAUAAGAGGCAGUGUGGACGGCAGCAGUCCUCCAGAAUGGCUGCUGGUGGAGCUGCAGGGAGAGAUGGUGUCCAGACACAACUCUGGUCUGGCUGGAAAUGUGAUGGGAGACUUGCUUUACACCAAAGAGGGGGUGCCGGUGCUCAUUGUGGGACAUCAUAUUCUGUACGGGAAGCAGGUCAAACUGGAGAAACCAUUUGCUGUCCUCUCCAAGCAUCCUGGGCAUUCGCAGGACAAUCUGGGUGGCCACGACAGCGACGAUGUCCCACAAACACCCAUGGAAACGAACCAGCAAGAAUCAUCCACCACCUCUUACUCCGUGUCUGCUCUCAUCAAACGGAAACUGAUCUUUAAGACUCGGCCCAAACCCAUCAUCACUAAUGUGCCCAAGAAGGUCUAGAAGGGCUGUUUAAAUUAGGACUGUGAAAUGAGCCUGAUAAAGGACUAUUCAACAGUAUUAGAGUUAUUAAAGCGUCUGCUCACAGACCAAAAUCACAUCCUGGAUUGAGUUUUGAGUCAUUUACUGUGAUCAGGCAAAAAAGGAAAUCAAGCAUGUGAGACAACACAGGUUUCCCUCCAUGUCUUUAACAGCCAGAACGACAGAUCUCAGCUCUCGAAUCAUACUGUGAGUAUUUUUGAUUUAAAUGAAUCUCAGUCACCCUGGGCAUAAGCAAGGGAUUUAGUACCUUGACAAAAAGCAUCAGGAGGGAUCUUAUUUUGAUGGAACACUUUGCCUGGACUUAUUGAUACAUAUUGAUGGUGUGUAAAUGAAACUUUUUUGGCCUAAAGCAGAUACUGUUUGUUGGUAUUAACACUUGUGUUUCUGAUAUAAAGUAAUCUUUACAAUAAAUCAAUAUAGAAAAUAA